CCGGGCCGGCCGCCGCCCGUCUCGGCGGGGCUGGGGGGCAGCGCCCGGCCCGGCCCGCGCAGCUUUGUCUGGGCCCCAGCUCGUCCCCGCCGGGCGCGGAGCGACGCGGGAGCGCGGCCCCUCGCGCCUUUUGUCUGGCGGGCCCGGCCCUGGCGGUGGGGCGGGGGCUGCCGCCGGGGCUCGGCCUCAGCCGGGCGCUGCUUUCUUUGUGCUAACGUGCGGGUCUGGGAGGGCUGCAGCCGAGCGCGGGUUUAACUGGACCGCCGCGGCCGGAGGCGCCGCUUGGCCCCUCGGGAAGGCCGGGAGGAGCUCGGUGCGGGCGGCCGGGGGUCUCCGCUACGCUCGCCGACCGAGUGCCGCGCACCGCCGCCCUGGGCGUGCAUCCCGCCGUCCGUGGGCGCGGGGGCUCCCUGUGGAGGGGCCUGCCCAGCGUGUGCUACGCUCGGCGCGCUGGUGGAGCCCCGCAGGCUCCCGCACAGGCACCCCCGGCGGCUGCUGUCACCUGCGCUGCGCGGUUCUGUUUGCUGGGAGCGCGGCGGGUUUGGGUGUGCGCGGCGAAGGGAGGUGGGUCCCCCUUAAAGGAGCAGCGCGGCCUGUGCCCCCCGGCACCGGAGAGAAGCCUCCGCUGGGAGCGGCCGACCGGGCAGCACCGGAACGCCAGUGUGCCGGUCAAAUAAAAGUCCGUGGGUCUGUCUGACAUGCUCAAGUGUCCAUUGUGGAAGAUAUGUGAAUGGCCAUGCAAAAAAGCAUUAUGAAGAUGCACAGAUUCCUAUGACCAAUCACAAGAAAACAGAAAAACAAGAGAAAGUUCAGCAUACUGUGUGUAUGGAUUGCAGUAGUUACAGUACAUACUGUUAUCGCUGUGAUGAUUUCGUAGUCAAUGAUACCAAGCUGGGUCUGGUACAGAAGGUCAGAGAGCACCUACAGAACUUGGAAAAUUCAGCCUUUACAUCAGACAGACAUAGGAAAAGAAAACUAUUGGAAAACUCAUCUCUGAACAGCAAGCUAUUAAAAGUAAACGGAAGCACCACUGCCCUUUGUGCCACAGGCCUUCGGAACCUGGGGAAUACAUGUUUCAUGAAUGCAAUCCUUCAGUCGCUCAGUAACAUUCAACAGUUUUGCUGUUACUUCAAAGAGUUGCCUGCUGUGGAGCUGAGGAACGGGAAGACGGCAGGCAGGCGAACUUACCAUACCAGGAGCCAGGGAGAUAACAAUGUUUCAUUGGUGGAAGAAUUCAGAAAGACCCUCUGUGCUUUAUGGCAAGGAAGCCAAACUGCAUUUAGUCCAGAGUCUUUAUUUUACGUUGUUUGGAAAAUCAUGCCAAAUUUUAGGGGAUACCAGCAGCAGGAUGCCCACGAGUUCAUGCGUUACCUUUUGGACCAUCUGCACCUGGAACUCCAGGGUGGCUUCAAUGGUGUUUCACGUUCAGUAAUUUUGCAAGAAAAUUCUAGCCUGUCUGCAAGCAACAAAUGUUGCAUAAAUGGAGCAUCUACUGUUGUCACAGCAAUUUUUGGAGGCAUUCUCCAAAAUGAAGUCAACUGCCUAAUAUGUGGGACUGAAUCUAGAAAGUUUGACCCAUUCCUAGACCUUUCGCUAGAUAUUCCAAGUCAGUUCAGAAAUAAACGUACUAAAAAUCAAGAAAGUGGACCAAUGUGCACACUACGAGAUUGUCUUCGCAGUUUCACAGACCUGGAAGAACUUGAUGAGACAGAGCUGUAUAUGUGUCACAAAUGCAAAAAGAAACAGAAGUCCACCAAAAAGUUCUGGAUUCAGAAACUACCAAAGGUGCUAUGCUUACACUUGAAACGAUUUCACUGGACAGCAUAUCUGAGAAACAAGGUUGAUACAUAUGUUGAGUUUCCCUUACGAGGCCUAGAUAUGAAAUGCUACUUGUUGGAGCCUGAAAACAGCGGCCCAGAAAGCUGCCUGUAUGACCUCGUGGCUGUUGUGGUGCAUCACGGCUCAGGCGUUGGCUCUGGACAUUACACUGCAUACGCAGCUCACGAAGGCCGCUGGUUCCAUUUCAACGACAGUACUGUAACUCUGACCGACGAGGAGACUGUGGUAAAGGCCAAGGCCUACAUCCUCUUCUACGUGGAACGGCAAGCCAAAUCUGGAUCAGAUAAACUUUAAUACCUCCUUUAAUUCUUACUUAUCAAGUCCACCGGACAAAACAUUUCCAUUUUUCCAUAAAUACUUGAUCCAAGACUAUUAAUUUCAUUGUGCACUUUUCAAUUUCCUCUUGUGGGUUUUAGUUUUGUUGUGUCAAUGGUAGCAUUUGACUUACUGAACUUGGACACAAACUAACUUUUUUUUAGUUAUACCAGAAAACCUCAGCAGAUUUUGAUUUGCUGCUUUAGUCGUGAUAACUCAAUUUUUAUAUAUAUAGUUUCAUGAAAUAGUUAUUUGACUUUUUUAUAUUAAUGUUUUCAGUUCUCACUUUCUAAAGGCACAUUUACAUCAGAGAAGCUUUCUGUCCUCCUUACAAGCAAGAUAAAUGUGCUUCUGAUUAUGAAGAGCAAUACAACUUCAUGCUGUUCUUACAGCUGUUACGUAGAUAUGAUUUAAUCUCUUCAAAUUAAGGAAUUGUUUGCACGUAUUAUUUUCCCUCGUGCAAGAAACUAAACCGUGACCUCUGAGCAAUCAUUCUUUGUCUGCAGGAGAGAGGAGAUGUGGCAUCAUUAAAUAGACCAGGUAAUUGCUGCUGUAUUGGUGUGUAUUCAGGCUGCUGACUUUCAGGAAUCAUUGUAAAUAAACCGUUGGUUCAAUUGUAUCAAUACUGCAGUUUAAUUCAAGUAUUCCCCACAUACGCUCUGCCCUUCCCCCCUUCAAAUUUUUUAAAAUUAUCUUAAAAUAUAUACAUGUCUCUAAAUUGCAUUGAGAUUUUAAGUUUUUGUAACUGAACCUGAAUUGCCUUAAGACUAGGCUGUCAUCCUGAAAUGUGAUCACGAACACUUCCUUGCUUGAAAACUCGAGGGAGUUCCUGGUGACGGGCCCCAGCCCUCCUUCCUGCUGGGAACGGGGAGCACAGCCCCGAAGCCCGGGGUCUGUGAGAACAGGCUUAGGUCUAAGCACAGCUCCUGUCUGCUACAUGCCUGCAGUUCACUUAAAACUGAGUGCGAGCGGAGGGUGUUCAGCCGCGUGGCGUGACAGCUGGUCCAGCAGCUCAAGGGAGGAUGCUCAGCGUCACAGCGUGGCCGGCCCGACGGCUGGUGACGAGCCGAGGCUGCUGCGGACGGGAGCAGACUCGGGUAGCUGUAGUAGUUACGCAUUGGCCUUGGGGGGGGGGGGGGUCUGUAUUUACCUUCUCUAGGCAAAAGCUGGAGGCAUGAUACAGUUUUUAAAACUUGGCUAUGUAAUGGGCAAAGACUUCUAUUAAAAAAAAAUAAGAGUAAUUUUAGCUGUUCUGGAGAGUGGAAAUCAGCAAAUAAGAUUUAAAAAAGGGGGACAGGAAAACCAGUACUGCAAAAGCCAAGAACCCCAAGAGAACCCUGAAAUUUGGCCAAUGCCGAAUUUCCAUUCCCUUCCGCAGCCCCGCCCUUCCAGCCCGCUCCCACAUGCCUAGCAAGGAACUGGGCAGCAGGAAUCUCAGAGGCGUGGUAGUUACGAGAAGAAUUUACUUAACUCAAAUAAACAGCGCCUUUCUGUUACUGUGGUAACAGUAAAACACGAAAGAACUCAAGUAAAAUGUGACUACCCUUCUUAGUUAAUGCUUCUGAAAGACCUUUUGGCACGUAGCGCAGCUGUCCCUAGGGAUUGUACCACAGCUCAGCCUGGUGCUCAGGGAGUACGCGUCACUUCCCUGCCAUGGGUUCCCUGCUGGCUGUACACCGAUAAGUACAAAGAGAAAUCACAAUCGGGUGGUUUCCAGAAUGUCAUUUUUGUAGAUUUUUUCACAGCAUCUUAAGCCAGGAAGGAGAGAAAUUGGCUCAAUACAAAACUGCAGAACGCAUUCAGCAUUGCUAAUGGUGUAUGACUAUGUAAACUGUACGCUAGUUAAAAUCUUAUUGUGAUUAUUGAUACCUUAAGUGACAUAUAUAAGGAUGUCUUCUUUUACUGAAAUUGAACAAUAAAUAGAAGUAUUCAUUGCUUUGAAUUGUA